ACAUAUAGUAUUAUUUCAUUCAUAGUUUUCGGUUUCCAUUGUGAAGUACUAUGUAUACUCAGCGUCUGUUUAGCUUUACCAUCUAAAAUUGAAGACGGAAUAUUAGGCCAAGUAUUGUAACAUUGAUUACACAUCACUGAAUGCUUGACCCUUUUAUAAAAAAAAAAAAAAAUGUUGAAUACUACUUUGAAGAUGGCGGUUGAAUAAUUAUUUUAUGCCUGUACCAUGAAUAUGAUAGGAUUUCUCAUUUUGUUCUCUGUGCAUGGUUUAGCUUUCCAAAAUUUAAUCUGAAAGAUCUCACUGGUAAGCAAUUAGGUGUAUGAGCUAGGUUGGAAUUGGAAUGAGUUGGAGCUACUGGCACAGGGAUCUCUGGCUGGCCACCUUUUAGAGUGUGGUUGUCAACUCACAGGGGGGUACUACAUGCAUCCAGGAGACAAACAUCGGAACUUAGCUUUCUCAGAUCUCCUAGAUCUUUCACUUCCUUUUGCUGAAAUUUGGUUUGAUGGUAAAGCUUGUGUCAUGAAGGCGGAAGGUAGUGGUGGGGUUUUAAAUUUCAGUACUUGUGCUCAACAACUACUUUAUGAAGUUGGAGAUCCGAGUGCUUAUGUUACACCUGAUGUGGUAAUUGAUUUUCGGGAUGUCUCGUUCAAGCCAAUAUCAAGCUCCAAAGUUCUUUGUCUUGGAGCAAAAGCUGCUGCUAAACCAUUGCCUGAGAAACUUUUGCAGUUGGUUCCCAAGGAUUGUGGCUGGAAAGGCUGGGGUGAGAUAUCAUAUGGAGGACAUCAAUGUGUUAAACGUGCCAAAGCUGCUGAAUUCCUGGUGAGGUCAUGGAUGGAGGAAAUACUUCCUGGUGUUAGUUUCCGUAUAGUGUCCUAUAUAAUUGGGUUUGAUAGCUUGAAGGUGACAAGCAUUGACAACAUUGCAUCAGCAAUGGAGACUGCUGAAGAUAUAAGGUUACGCAUGGAUGGCCUUUUUCAGGAGAAGGAGCAUGCAGUGCAAUUUACAAAAGAGUUCACUGCAUUAUAUACAAAUGGACCAGCUGGUGGUGGUGGAAUCAGCACUGGUCACAAGAAAGAUAUUGUUCUGGAAAAGCAAUUGGUUGAGCGUGAACAUAUUUUCUGGCACACAAGGGGGAACCACUCCAAACUAGUAGGAUCAGAGUUGCAACAAAAAAUCCCUGAAGCUGAUAAGAAGACCAGUGUUUUACCUGUACCUUUAUUGCCACAACUCCUGCAGGAAAAUGUGAAUGUUUCUUGCAUCUAUGGUUCAUCACCAGAAUUCGAACUUUCUCCUGCUCCCCAUGGUCUGAAGGUCCCACUCUAUAAUGUAGCCCAUAGCAGGACUGGGGACAAAGGAAACAGCUUGAAUUUUUCUCUCAUCCCUCAUUUCCCUCCAGAUAUUGAGAGACUGAAGCUAGUCAUAACCCCUCAGUGGGUGAAGGGUGUACUCUCAGUGCUUCUGAAUCCCUCUUCGUUUCUGGACUCUAAUGCCACUGCUGAAAGAGACAAGUACUUGGAUGAACAUGUAAAGGUAGAAAUAUAUGAAGUUAGAGGAAUUCAUUCUCUAAAUGUUGUUGUUCGAAACAUUCUAGAUGGUGGUGUCAACUGCUCCCGGAGGAUUGACAGGCAUGGAAAGACCAUCUCAGACCUCAUCUUGUGUCAGCAAGUGGUUUUGCCUCCAUAAAACCUUGUAACUGGUACAUCUGUGAAGCUUCAUUCAAAUACCUUAAUAAAUUGUAACAUGAUUACAACUUCAUAAUUUA